UGCCGCAUCAUUAUAAUUAGUUGGCUCGUGUCCGCGUCAAGGUGCUAGCUAAAUGUUUAGUUACUAAUAAUAUUUGAAUAUGUAUAAUCGUUGAUACUUACGAAUAAAUUUUUUUAAGUUCGUUAUUUACUAAAACUAUUGUAAAAUUUUUGGUGAAUUUGAACUACAACUUGCAAUUAUUAUAAAUUUAGUGAUAUUGGGAUGUUGAUAUCUGUACGACCUUAAUUUUAUGUUUGUGCGUUGUCUUUUUUUUAUAAAUAGCUGAGCGUUUAUUUUUCACUCAGAAGUAUACACCGAUUUGUGGCUAUUUAUUAAGAGUUUGAUAAAAAAAAUUCAGAACAAUGGCUCCCAAUAUGACCAAGCGCCCAGUUGGUGCGCCUGGUGUACUUUUUAAUGAAGAUCCAGCUGAACCAAAUGUUGUUGAUGAUAAUAACCAGAUAGCAGAAGGUGAAAGUGUUGAAAAUGAUAAAUACAAACCAAUUAGAUAUCAACUAAAAAUAGUAUGGCGUAAUGUUGCCUUAUUUGUAUACCUCCACAUAGCUGCUCUAUAUGGAGCUUAUUUAAUGUUUGCUUCUGCUAAAAUAUCAACUUCAAUAUGGGCUAUAUUAUUAUAUCAAAUGUCUGGUCUGGGAAUUACUGCUGGAGCACAUAGAUUAUGGGCUCAUCGUUCAUAUAAAGCAAAAUUUCCUUUACGUGUCAUUCUCAUGAUAUUCAACACAAUAGCUUUUGAGAAUCAUAUAUACGAAUGGUCACGUGAUCAUCGAAUGCACCACAAAUAUAGUGAAACAAAUGCUGAUCCGCAUAAUGCUAAACGUGGAUUUUUCUUUUCUCAUGUAGGAUGGUUACUAUGUCGUAAACAUCCUGACAUCAGAGAAAAAGGGCGAGGUAUUGACAUGAGUGAUUUAGAACGUGACCCUAUUGUUGCUUUUCAAAAAAAGUACUAUAUGUUGUUGAUGCCAAUUUUAUGUUUUGUCAUACCCACCUGUAUACCUGUAUAUUGUUGGGGAGAAACUUGGGGUAAUGCUUGGUUUGUUGCAACUAUGUUCCGAUAUACAUUUACCUUAAAUAUGACAUGGCUUGUAAAUAGUGCUGCUCAUAUGUGGGGUGACCGACCUUAUGACAAAUUUAUUAAUCCAUCUGAAAAUAUCAGUGUAGCAAUUGGUGCUCUUGGAGAAGGCUGGCAUAAUUAUCAUCACGUAUUCCCAUGGGAUUAUAAAGCAGCAGAAUUAGGCAAUUAUCGAGCUAACUUAACGACAGCAUUUAUUGACUUCUUCUCUAAAAUUGGUUGGGCAUAUGAUCUAAAAACAGUAUCUAUGGAUAUGAUUCGCAAAAGAGUAGAUAGAACAGGUGAUGGUAGCCACAUUGGUAUUUGGGGGUGGGAAGAUAAAGAAUUGUCACAAGAAGAUCGUCAAGAUGCAACUAUUAUUAAUAGAGCCAAUGAUUAAAAAUAUAUGCUUUUACUAGAUGGAAAAUUUUUGAAUUGGAAAAUUAAAUUAUAUAAAUAUUAAAUUUUAUAAGAAAAUUUAUAGAAAACUGGAUUUCUAAAUGAAUAAGUGGGAAAAUAUAAAUUGACAUAUGUAUCUAAGUUUAAUUUCAGCAUUGUAAAUAAAGAUUUUAAGAAUAGUCCUUAAAAAAAUUAACAGAUUUCCUUAGUUAUUAUAUUUUAUUAAGUAAAAUAUAAAUUUGUAUAGUAUUUUAUAAUUUUAAUUAAUUUAUUAAUUUUUAUAUAAGUUUUUUGAAACCAUCAUUAGAUUCAAAAAUAUAUGAUAUAAUAUAGCCCACUUUUGUUCUCUUAGUUCCUAAUCAUUGGUUAAAGUGUUAUUCUGGUAUUUAUUUUCAAUAUUAAAAAAUCAGCUUAAUAACCAUGAUUUUGUUUAGCUUUGCUUGCAUUAUCAUUUGCUAUCAUAUUUAAAAAAUAGUUAGAUCAUUUGUAAUAUUUCAUUACUAAUUGUUUUAUAUACAUUAACUAAACAUUUUUUUUUAUCAUGACAUAACGAGCAAAUUAUUUUAUUUUCUGAUUCGUAUUACAUAAAUUUUAAUUUUUUUUUGUAUUCACUAGUAAAACAUAAAAAUACAUUUAAUAAUGUUUAAAUUUAGAAUAACAAUUUGUUUUGAAAAUGUUAGCUUUUUCUAUUUAUUUCAACUCUAGGAAUCUGUCAAUAUACAUUAUUUAAAAAUUAAAUUACUGGUAUAAUAUUGAUGAUUGUUGAAAAUAUUUUACUCAAAAAUAUUAUAUUUAAUAAAUGAAGUGUAUUAUUGUUAAUUAUUGUAAAAUUUAACUUUUUGAUGUAAAAUUUUUCCUAUAAACAUGUAUUACAAAAAAGUAAUUUUCAGGGUUGUAAAUUGCUAUUUUCAUUGUAUUGUGCUAUUUUUACAUAUAAAAAAAAGUUCACAACUUUUUGAAACAUGUAGAGACGUUAUUCUGUACACUACUGUUAAAGUAUUGUAAAGAAUUUCUGCUACAUUUAUAAAAAAUGUUUAUAACUUAAUAACUGAAUAUUGCUACAGGGGUAGUAGAAGGCUAUGCAUACCUGAUUGUAAAUCUGGCUCAUUAUCCUUAAAAAGUUACAAUGUUUCUCUUCUGAAAUACUGGUUAAAGAGUUGUCGUUUUCUAAAUAAUUUCUAAAUCGUUUCAACUAAAUCAUCAUCUAAUAAUUAAACUUGUUAAUUAUGCAUGUUGACAUUAACACAUAAAAAGUUAACAUAAGGGAUUAAUAAAAAAAAUUAAGAAAAAAUAAAAAAUGUUUUAUAAUAGAUCAAUGAAGUUACACAUGUUACUCACAAAAACCAAAAAUCUAAAAAUUAUUAUUUUCAGAGAUUUGAGUGGUUUGCGUUAAAAGUAUCACGGUGUGGUUUAAUAAGUAUUUUUGACAAUACUAACAUUUUUUGUUAGCAUACCUAACAAUUCGGGGCAUAAGUGGCACCAUAUUUUAUCAUCUACUCGAAGCCAAACGUUCAA